AAUAAUGGAAAGCUUCCAUAUCCAAAAAAGAACUUUCCGCUUUACCUUAGGCAUAAGGGUUACCUAUUCUAUGCCUCCAGAACCCUACUUUGGCAGCCGAAAGAGCCUUCACAAAUCCAACAGAAAAAGAAUAUUUGAGUUCAAAGAAAAUUGUUCUUAAAGAAAUUAGUUCCUCUGUGCUGUGCUCUAUAAAAUCAACACUUUGAAGCUUUCAUUUUUCAACUUGGAAAGUAUCAUAUCAUAUCAUAUCAAUCUUCAGAUUCUUCUGAUAAUCCAAUGGCUCAAAUUAAUCAUGUUGUUUAUGAAGAUUUUGAGCCAACUGCUGAAUGGCAACUAGAUGCUGGACAUGACACCCUGCUGGUCUAUCUACCAGGUUUUAAAAAGGAGCAACUAAAAGUUCAAGUAACAUCAGCUGGAAAACUUAAAAUCUCUGGAGAACGCCCUCUCGAUCACAAUAAACGAAGUCGUUUUGUCAAGGAGAUUCAGAUUCCAUUAAUUUAUGAAACUGAAAAAAUCAGUGCAAAAUACGAAGGAGGCAUACUCAAGAUCAAACAUCUCAAAAGUCCCAGGCCAGCAUCCAAACUGCAAGAAAAUUUAAAUUCAUCAUCUCAAGAAACUCAAGAAAAUCAAGAACUUCAAAAGCCUAAAAAUGAACUGAAAGAUGAUAAGAAUGGAAUAGAGAAGGCAGCUGAAGAAAUUCCUUCCAAGAAAACAAAUGAGAAUUCUGUUCCAGAGAAGAAACCUGAGAAGGAUGAGGAAAUGACAAAUUCUAAUGGCAAGAAUUCUUCAGCUGUGGCUGAUGGCUUAGGUGAAGCUGAAAAAUUUCAGAGUAACAAGCAUGAAGUAAGCCAGGAAAGAAAUGGGAAUGGUGAAUCUAAAUUGGUACAAUAUAAGCUGGUUUUUGGUAGCCUUGUAACAGAGAUUAAGAAGCCAAGAAAGUCGACAAACAUGGUUGUGGCAGCAGGUUUAUUAGUUCUGCUAAUUGGGUUUUAUGUUAAAAGUUAAAUCUGGAGAAUUAGAGCAUUCAAGAAAUAAUUAGUGAAGUCUGUCUUAUUUCAUGUUUUACUAUUUUAAAUGAUGCACUUGCAAAUGUAUAAGUUGAAUAAAGGCAAUUUCUACAAUUCUGUCAAUUUUAAAUACUUCACAAAAA